AUGGGGCGGAAGCAGAAAGGCGCCAAGGAUGGCGAUGACGGUGAUGAUGGCAACGCGAUGCAGGACAUCCGCAGCACGUUCCAGCGGCUCCAGGCGAUGAUGGCCAUGACCAACCCGACCAUGUUCGGGACGACCAGCAAGCCGCCACUCAACCCAAUGAACAUGGCGAUGAUGGGUGGAAACCCGCUCAUGGCACAGAUGGCGCUUCAGGCACAGAACGGAGCCAAAAUGCCUCCCGGAGCCGCAGGAGCAGGUGCAGCCGGAGCUGGCAGUGCCCCAAAGGCUGUGGAGAACAAGAAGUGGGAGAUCAAGCCAGGGUUGAAGCCUGGUGACUGGACGUGCCCUCGAUGCGAGGCUAACGUCUAUGCAUCCAGGUUCAACUGUUGGAGAUGUGGGGUAUCCAAGAGAGGUGAUACGGAACAGGAGUACAUCUCCGAGCAUGGCCGGAUCCACCCAGACAUCCAAGAGUUGUGUGAUGCGUUCUAUGUUGAAACACGGCACAUUGAGAAGCUCAACGAGUUAAUGAAGGAUCGUCUUGACACGUGGGAUGAAGACUUGAGGAAACUUAGAGAAGUGAUGGAGAAGGCGCGAUCACCAUGUGGGAUGUUGGUCACGAAGAUGAAGGAAAUCGAAGAUGGCACAUUUGUGGCAGUGAAUCGUGACAAGAGAAUGAAGCAUCUCGUUGAUAAGUUCAAGCUUGACAAAAUAGCAGAGACUAGUAUUUCAGACAUCCUGGCGAGAUGCUCCCAAGAAAAGAAGGAUGAGUAUUACUACGACCUUGAGAGGCAUUUCGAGUGCUCAGGCAAGCCAUCAGCCACAGCCAUGAUGAUUAUGAAGAAGAUGGCAAAUGGAGAGCCACUUGGCCCACCAGGAAAACCUGGCAAGGGUAGCUACCUGGAGCGAUUGCAGAACGAGGGCAAGGAACGCGGGGAGCGUGGGGAGCGCGGUGGCAAAGGAGGAGAAGAUGAGCGAAACUUUCGAGACCGUGGCCGCGACCGCUCGAGGGAUCGUGGCUACGGCGAUCGCCGCGAUCGCCGCGAUGGUCGGGACGGCCGGGACGGCCGGGACGGUCGCUACGAACGUGGUGAUGGCCGUGAUGGUCGUGAGGGGCGCCCCGGCCGUGAUGAUCGCAGGGACGACCGGCGGGUUGAGGACCGCCGGGCUGAGGACCGCCGGGACGAGCGAAGGGACGACCGCCGGGACGACCGAAGAGACGAGCGAAGGGUUGAGGACCGCCGGCCUGAGGGUCGGCGAGAGAAAGACAGCCGCGAGCGCUCGGACCGCGGACGCGGAGACCGCGGAGACCGGGCAGACCGGGGAGACCAGAACCGCAAAGGAGGCGGAAGAGGAUUGGCUGCAGAGGAGGAGCGUGCCCCUCGUGACUUGAAGCCGUUCGUUCCCCAGCCGAAAGGAAUGGAGGCUCCAGAGAGGGGCGAAGGCUGCCCCGAGGCGGUGGGUUUGCACGGCAAGGCCGCCGCGGAGGCCCUUCAAUCAGGGGCGGAGCGAGUGCGCCGCGAGCUGCAGGCCAACCUCCAAUCCAUGAUCCGAAAGGCCAUCGCCGAGGGCCGGCCCAUGGAGGAGUGGACCGCCUGA